UUCGUAAGUGUGGGCCUUUUUGCAAAGGCUUGUGUCGAAGCAAGAGGAUAUUGCUAUUCCCAUAUGAUAUCUCCAUCGUGGAACCAUAAGAAAGAGAGAGAGAGAGAGAGAGAGAGAGAGAGAGAGAGAGAGAGGAGGAGGAGGAGGAGGCCAGAGAAUCGAGGGAGAGAAUGGAUUCACACCAGGGGAAGAAGGUAUGAGCUCAGCCCCACCACAAGAUCAUGUCGCAUGCCUCUUUGGAGAAGAAUGGUUAAAUCUGCUGUUCAUCUUGAAAUAAGAUGAACAAACUUAAAUCAAAGAGAGAAGAUGAAGAUGGAGCCCAAAGACACCAAGCUCAUAUGCGUCAAGCUGUACAUCUCUGAAUCGCGCAACAGCUCAGCCCUCGACAUGAUCGAGCAAGCUUCCAAGAUUGACCCCGAGGCUGCGAUCGUGAACAAGUUCCAGGAUCGGAACUAUAACCGCGUCAGAUACACGCUCGUCUCCUACGUCGUGCAUGAUGCCGUCGCCGGGAUCACCUUCAGUCCCAUGCGGCGAACCUUGUUGGCCAUGGUGGAGGCAGCGUACGCUGCCAUCAACCUCGAAAUGCACUCCGGUGCUCACCCUCGGCUCGGCGUAGUCGACCACAUCUGCUUCCACCCCUUGGCUCAAGCCACAUUGGAAGAUGCAGCUAGAGUUGCUAAGUUGGUGGCCUCUGACAUCGGCAUUGGGCUCCAAGUUCCAGUAUUCCUAUAUGAAGCAGCCCAUCCAAAUGGCAAGGCCCUUGACGCCGUCAGGAGGGAACUGGGCUAUUACCGGCCGAACUUCAGGGGAAACCAGUGGGCCGGAUGGGCCCUGCCCGAGAUCCUGCCAGAAAAACCCGACGAGGGCCCGGUCCAUGUGACCCGGGCCAGGGGCAUCACAGUAAUUGGUGCAAGCCCAUGGGUUGACACCUACAAUGUGCCGGUCCAGUCCACCGACAUUCCAGCGAUCCGGCAAAUCGCCCGGAUGGUGAGCGGCCGGGGGGGCGGCCUUCCGACCGUCCAGGCACUUGCGCUUGUCCAUGGCGACGACCGCAUCGAGAUCGCAUGCAUGCUGUUGGAACCCAACCAGGUUGGGGCAGACCAGGUCCAGAGUCAGGUUGAGCAGAUUGCGGCCCAAGAGGGCCUGGAGGUAGAGAAAGGCUACUUCACAGAUUUCUCACAAGAUAUGAUCACAGAGAGAUACAUGAAACUAGUUUAUGGUGAGUGAAGGCAGUGUCAUGUGUUUCUUGUGUGAUAAACGUGAAAUGACUAUGAUUUCGACCUUUAAUUUCUGUAUGUUGUGAGCUUUGGACCUAAAUUUCUCCCUUUCAACUCCUACCCUGUAUGGGUUUGGGUUGUAUCUUUUGUGCGAAAGAAUGAUUGAUCUUCUUUCGUUGGAUCA